AUGGUGCAGUGUCACUCACUGGAGAACAGUGCAGAAACACUUAGCAGAUUCACCUUCAGAAUAAUUUCCACUUUGAGAAUGGCUGGUGUUAAGUUUGCAUGCGUGGUUGUGUUGUGCUUAGUGGUGGCGGGUGCACACACUGCCCAAGGAAUUACGUGUGGAGAUGUUGACCGUGACCUAACACCGUGCAUAGGGUUCCUUCAGAAAGGUGGGGUUGUUCCCACAGGAUGCUGCAACGGGGUGAAGACCAUCCUCAACAGCGCCCGGACCACUGCUGAUCGCCGCGGCGUUUGCAACUGCUUGAAGACUGCUGCUGGCGCAGUUCGUGGUCUCAAUCCCAACAAUGCUCAGGCUCUCCCUGGGAAGUGUGGGGUCAACAUACCCUACAAGAUCAGCACCUCCACCAACUGUGCUAGGUAUGUUUCUAUUGACUUUGAGAUAAUGAAGCGCAUUCCUGAACAUAACUUCUCGUGUGUAUCAGAAUAUCAAUUCAUUUCUUUGAAUGAAAUAAAAAACAUUAUUGAAAGAGAGAAAGACAGAUAA